AAGCCCGGCAAGACUUCUUUCCUACUGGCGUAAAGAGAAGAGGCGAACGCGUUUUUGGGAUUUCUCUUUUGUCCUUUUUUGUCUCCCAGGGGCCACGGGGCAGUGGCAUUUGCAGAGUGAAGCAAGGUAUGGCAACUUGAUUGUACCAUAUAUAAACAAAGGGGAAUGAAUGAAUGAUCUAAUUAUAAUAUUUAGCUUCAUCUCUUUCAAAUCCAAUACCCCAUUUUACUUCUUCUUAAAAAAUAUGGUCUCCUCAAUCUCAGCCUACACCGCUUGAAACCAUUUUUGUUUUGGUCUCCAAGAACUCUGUUUCCGCUGUCUCCUUCUGUCAGUUUGACUCUUCAGCCUCUUGUCUGCAGCGUUUUGUAUUGAAUUUGUAAUCAAAGCUCUCCCUUUUCAUUCCCACAUUCUUCUCUCUUUCAUUCGUUUCAGAAAAAAAGUCAUCUUGUUUCUUUUUUUCUUUUAUUUUAUUUUGCUGUUGGUCUGUGAAAUGUGAAUGGAAGAUCAUACUGGGAUUUUCACAGAGUUGUAAAUAAAACAAGGGGCUUGUUUAUGAUUUUGGAGUGUAGGAUCUUGUUAUAAUGGAAACAUCCACUCCCAUCUCUGGUCCUCCCUCACCAUCACCAACUUCUUCUUCUUCUGUUACUAGCACUAGUGGUGGUGAUACCAGUGAUUCUUCAAGAAGCUUUGCCAUUCAAGUUCCAGCUCUAAACUUGUUCCGAUCACCCUUGUCCCUCCUACUGGAAUACUCUGGCAUUUUUUCCAAUCCCACCCUUAAUCAACCUCGUGGGGUUUUAGUCAACACUGAUUUGCAACCUCCUCCUAAUGCUGCUUCUGGGGCUGGGGAGGUUUCUAUUCAAAUCAUUGGGCCUGCAAGAGCUGAAGAAGACAAUGCCCAAACCCCCCUGGAUCACGAUGGAGUUGAGGAGGACGAUCCUCUUACCAGCAGCAGCACCAGUAACGAGGAAAGGAGUUCCAAUUCGUCUUACCAGAUGCAGAGUUAUGAUGUACAGCGCAUUGCCAGGUGGUUUGAGCAUAUUCUUCCCUUUUCAUUGCUAUUGCUGCUUGUCUUCAUUCGUCAGCAUUUACAAGGUUUUGUUGUCAUGAUUUGGGUUACAAUUGUCAUGUUCAAGUCAAAUGUAAUCCUCCAAAAGCAGACAGCACUGAAGGGAGAGAGAAAGAAUGCUGUUCUAAUCACAUACUCAGUACUUUUUAUGCUUCAUGUGAUUGGUGUUUAUUGGUGGUAUCGGGACAAUGAUCUUUUAUAUCCUCUGGUCAUGCUUCCUCCAAAGACAAUACCACCUUUCUGGCAUGCAAUAUUCAUCAUUCUGGUAAAUGAUGCAAUGGUGCGGCAGGCAGUGAUGGCAUUUAAGUGUGUACUGCUCAUUUAUUAUAAGAAUGGCAGAGGGCACAACUUCCGCCGACAGGGUCAAGUGCUAACCCUGGUCGAAUACACACUCCUAUUAUACCGAGCAUUGUUACCAACACCUGUCUGGUACCGGUUCUUCUUAAACAAAGAUUAUGGAAGCCUUUUCUCUUCAUUGACUACUGGGCUGUAUUUAACUUUCAAGCUCACAGCUGUUAUUGAAAAGGUUCAAUCCCUCUUUGCCGCCCUGAAAGCAUUGUCACAAAAGGAAGUUCACUAUGGGUCAUAUGCCACAUUGGAACAGGUAAAUGAAGCAGGAGACCUUUGUGCCAUAUGCCAGGAGAAGAUGCAAAUACCAAUCCUGUUGCGUUGUAAACACAUAUUCUGUGAGGACUGCGUCUCUGAAUGCUUUUUAAUCUGGUGCAAUAUAUAUUUGCAUAGAGAAAAGCAGCAGGUAUAAGAAGAUCAAUUAUUAUGAGGAAAUCAUAGUCUUGCAUCAAUGGUUUGUGGUCCCUUAAAAUUCCUAGUGUUCCCCCUAGUGGAGUGCUGCCAGUUGUUGGAAUAAAUUGCACAACUGGUGAUAUUUCAUUUGACAUAUGGGUCUGGCAUACAAUAAAAGGUCAUAGUCUUGCAAGUGCAUGCUGGCACUCAGGGCGACAUAUUCAUACCCGGUUGCUCAACUCUUCAACUCUCGAGCCUGCACACUGCCUUCCUGAGUUGCAGAAACAUUGACCAAUUACGUUUUGCAUUCGUGUUACCCUCAUCUGCUGCUAUCUUCAUGUAUGUUUUUUCACAUGUACAAUCCAAACCCAGAGUGAGAUUUACACUUUUGUGUUGCUUGCUUGCUAGAUUGCACCAUUAUCUUCUGUUUUUCUUGAAGAAUGAGCUCUUUCUCCAAAAAGCAUUUUGAUCUGUUCCAUUCCACUAGCAUUAAUUGCAUCCCGCAUAUGGGAUUUGAUGCUGAAACAAUCACUAUCACUACAUAAACUCUUUCCAUUUUUGUGGGUUUUUCCU